AUGGCGAAACAACAGAAUAUUGCCGAGAGUGCAAUACAUAAUCUUAUCUCCAUCCAGAAUCAGUGGACGAUAAACAGGCUCUUUAAACGACUCAAGGUGCACAAGGUCGACUCGAAGUAUCUAUUUAGCAGUGUCGAGUAUCGAGAGUGGGUAGGAGCGGUGAUCGUAUACUUCAAGCACGACCUUGACAUGGCCGCAGCUGCAAUCGUCAGAAGUCUAAAUGCUCGCUAUAGCGAUGGUGUUCUGCAAAAUAUGCUGCAUAAUGAAAAGGCUUCAAAACCAGGACGCGACGCCAUUCCGUUGGAGACUGCGCAGCUACAGUACUGGGGAAAAAUUGGUAAGAAUCCGACCAUUGUCUUUGAAUGGCUCGAAUUCAAGAAGGAAGGGGACAACAUUUUGGACAGUUCAUUACUAAAACCUUCGUCAAUAGUCGUGGUAAAAGCGAGCUUCCACACCAGUCCUCUCAUAUUGAAGAUCAAUGCUGUGGUGUUUGGAAAUGCGCUGCUCAAGAUCUGGUUGAGUGGUGUUCGAUAUCCUCUUGUUGUUGCAGAUCAAGACGGAAGCAGUGCUUGUAAGAAGCCCUGUUCUGGACCUGUGGAGCAUAAGACAAUCAUUAUCGACGAAUUGGAGAGCGAGCUAUUGAAACAAUGGCCGAAGGAUUGCAAAAGCUUGGACGAUGUUCUCAAUCAUAUUAAACAGAAUCAGGGAAGAGAAGAGACGGUAGACGUCGCGGCCAUUGGUGCUUAG